UGAUUGUAUGGGCUAUUUAUAGGGUUGAGGAGGUUUGGGUAGAGAGUUUGUUGCUCUUGCUUGUUGCUCUUGCACGUUGUGUUCACAUUGCACGUUUAAGUACAUAAAGUGGUGUUUUGUAUCCUGUGUUUGGUUCCAGUCCCUUCACUAAAAAUGGAAGACGUUUCUCAUCCUUCACAAUCCGAUGUUGAGCAACCACACCCCCCAGUUAAUCACAAUAGACCAUUUUUCUAUGUCCAACCACCAACUCAACCUUAUUUCAUGUAUCAGUGGCCUAUGGAUCCUUUUGGACAAUAUGGCUUCCUAGGGCCAGCUUUCCCGUUUGGGCGUCCUUACAUGCCGCCAUAUCAGUUUAUGCAGCACCCUGGUUAUGUGGUCCCACAUGCGCCCAUGCAGCCUAGUGAUUACAGAAGGGUUGCCCCUCUCUUUCCUUCUGUUGCUUCCUACGAUCUCCGCUUUCGUCAGCACUUCCAGCAGAUGAGCAUGCAUCGUGAGACCACGUCCUCUGAAGCCCAGACAGAGCCAGGAGAUCCGGUUAGUAAACUGAUGGACUGCCUGGAAGGUCUACAAGCAUGUGAAAAGUCUGGAGCAGUCAAAGAAUCCAACGCAAUGUUUUCCUCAAGCCCUGCCCUAGUCUCCUACAGUCAUGAGGUAGAGAAGAUGAACUAUGGAGAUAAGGAGUUAAUAAAUAUGGCAUCUGCUUCUCAUAUUAAUAAGGCAGACCAUGAUUUGAUGGAACAUAUGACUCUCUGUGACUCUGCUGUGUAUGAUGCAGAGUCAAGUAAGGGCCGACUAGAGGAGUGUGUGUUGUCAGAUGUGCUGCCUCUUGACAGUUCCUCCAUUCGUGAUGAAGGCCAGAGUCGUGACCAAGAUUACAAACGAGGUGAUUCAGAGAGGCUGUGCUUCCAUAGUGAGAAAACUGGCACUGAUCACAUCGGUGAUGGAAGCCGUUUAGCUGAGGUUCAAGACUCUGGAGCGCAUGUUUCUGAUUGCAGUGGGACAUCAGAUCUGUUUGAGGGUAAAGCCUGCAUCCAAAAUAAGAAGGUUGAGAAUUUGCCUCCUGACUCUGUAGAGGUUACCAAGCCUUUCUUGCAGAUGACCGCAGACUAUGACCUGCCAUAUCAAAUUCUCCAUCUUCCUUCCAAUAAGACUACCACUGGUUUGUUGCUUCAGAAAGAGGUUGACCCGUUGCUGUUUGUGGAUACGGCUUCUGCUCUACUGCCUUCUAAACAAUACACUUCUGGCAGUCCGUACCCCCAUAGCUUCUACUCUCCGGUGGUUCCUGCACGGCAGAGUGUCCUCAGUCCAUCAUUAGAUGAGCUGUCCUCCAGGGAUGAGAUGUUCUCCACUGAUAUUGAAGAUGAUCUAACAUCUGGGCAAGCCUAUGUAGAUGGUGGCAAAUUGGAAGAAGCUGGUGCUGCUCCCUCCUAUGCUGAAAUGGAUCCUGCAGAUGAAGCCUGCUCCAUGUGGGUGAAAACAUGUGCCUGCUGUGGAGCAAGCCUCCCAGAUAUCAGCUCUGCAGAGCCAUUUGAUCAAGAUCGUGACUUUGAGUUGGAGGAAGAUACUGAGGCCCAGAGCACUGGUGAAGCUCAGAAAAUAUUAAAGCAGCAUCUAUCCAGGCAUAGACUGUCCUCUUGUGCUCAAGUUUCUAAACACAAAGCCAGAAAGGUGCACGACAUUGAGGAGCCAAGUGGGAAGGACCAAGACCAUGGCAGAGGAGAGUGUGGCGAACAGCACCAUCCUGCUGCUAAGGGAGACAAGGGUGGAGACAAAGGUCAAAAGGUUACACAAUUCAGAUCUUACUCUGAACACUUUCAGAGAGAAUGUCCAGGAGGGAUAAUGGACCAGGAAAAUUGGACCAGUGGCAAGCAGAGAUCCAGAUCCUGCAGGCCAGCCAAUGCUCUUCAAGAUAAAGGGAGACCUGCAAGAAAAAGUCCAACUUGCAAGACAUUUGCUCAGCAAAGGCCAAGGAGAAACGAAUAUGAUCACAAUGAGGCGGGGUUUUCCUUCUGCCAAAUGGGCAGAGGAUCUAUAAAAAGAAGAGGCACAAGAUACUAAGUGAGGAUGAGCACCGCUUUUAAUGCUUAAAUGUAUUACUUGCACUAUUGCACUAUGGAAUGCACAAAAGCAUAUAAUAAAUAAAUGAGCACUGGUAUUUAUAUGAAUAAUGGGGAAAUGUUGAAAGAAUGCCUUGCUGUAGAUGACUGCAUUUCCAAUGCUCACACCACUUCAUUUUGAGUGCAAUGCAUUCAUCUUAACCCUGCCUGAGGAAGACUUCUCUGGACCAUUCCUUGACAUGCCAUGCUUAUUCCUGUGUAUCUGUAGCUGGAUCUGGGAGGUGUAGAUCUAGUCUGUUCACUGCUGGCUCUGCUUGUCAAGGUCUGACUCAUUGACCCAAUCCUCAGACUUUUUUCAAUGCUGGGCAUUAGAAAUGCAGCUAAAAUAAAAAUAGGCAGAUACCUCAGCAGUCUGGCCUAGACCAGACAUUUCACUUUUAUCAAACAACCUGUUUUAAAUCUGUAAUGCAGUGUAAUGUUGAUGUACAGAUGUGUUUCCUUGCACAGUGGUGUCAUUAAAAUCUUUGCAUUGCA